GGGAGAUGGUGCCAAGUUCUGUGCCUGCGCUUGUGGCUUAAGACACUGAAAAUGACAAAGUUCUACUGCUCCCACCUGGUGAAAAGAGGUCUUUAUGGCUUGAAAGAGGCUGUUGAAACUAGAAGUUUCUACGAGGAAACCAGCGCCAUUUGUAACCAUAUUCGCCUGUGCGAAUGGAUUUGGAACAAGUGGAAAGUGGCAUCAAAGACCUCCAGGAAUGAGCUCUUUCUAAAAGAGCAAAUCGCAAUCGGCCACGCAAAGAGAGCUCGCUGCGUGCGCUGCAUGAACGCUUGGAAGUAUGCCAUUUCAGACGAGCUGUCUGAGAAGAAGAAACAGGAAAGCCGAGCGGCAACUUGGGCCAAGAUCAACACCUGGCUGGAAGAAUAUCACAGGGAGAGAAUCGCAAAGCUCGAAGAGAAAACAACACCACCAGAAAGAGGUUCUCUGGAGCAAACGAUAGGAUCUUCGUGAAGGACAGGUGGCGGCCUAUCACGUGGCCAAUGAGCGUUUGUUCCUAAAAUUAGCGACGCCAUCGCCGCCGUCUAUCGGGUCUCGAGGCGCAUGGAGGAAACGCACAGGGGCAGGGAAAAGAAGGAAGAAAACGAGCUGCGCACUUGCUCGGGGGGUGGGAGCUUCAUUACUAUCGUCGUCGCGGUGCUCUAGCGACGAGCAACGAUUGCUGGGGAAAAAAAAUGCUGGGCGGAGUUGGGAAGCACGACAAGUGAUGCGGGGAAUGUAGGCAGGGAGAUUUGGUUUUUCGGGGGAUGGCGUCUUCGAUUCUUCCAGGUUCGGUUGCUCGAGAGCCUGACAGCGGUUGCUUCCCCGAAAGGGUCGGCGACAGCGCGUCCGGAUCGUCGUGCGUGCUCCAUGAUGAAGAGGUGGCCGAGAGCUCGGGUUUUCGCCAGGCACGCAUCGAUAAAGGGGCUGAGGAGGACUCUGGCGAGUGCUCGGCCUCGGGGUCUGGCCGUUUUGAGGUUCCCGACGUUGACAACGGAUGGGAGGUGGCUUUUGAUUCGGACGAGGACGAUGGUGGCAAGCAUCCGGACAUGGAUAGGCAGCCGUUGUUGUUCGAGAACGGUAGCAGUAGCAACGAAAGUCAGGGGGCCGAUGAACAGGACGAGGGGCUGACAAUGCCGCCGUUAGUCGAGAAGUCUGCCUGUUUUGAGACUGCUCCAGUCCCGGCACCGGCCCCGCAUCGAAGAAGAGAAGUGUACAAGAUGCCAACGCACAAGGAGCAGCCGGAGAGCCAUCUCCUGCUAUGGCCAGUUGGUUUUUUGAUCAACGCGAUCGGCUUCCAGUUCAAGAUGAUCGGCUACACCAUGUCAAUUGCGAUGCUACUGUUUAGCAUCUGCUUCUCGAUGGUGACGGAACCAAUCCAUAGGACUGUGGAGGCCAAGAACAAGGUGACGGGGAAGAUCAGCGAUGGCAUCUCGGUUAUAACUCAGCUCCAGAUUAUGCUCUGGGAGGCUGCUGCAGACAUUGGUCCAAAGGUGAGCAGGAUGGUGAAGAGGAUGGGAUAUGGUGUUUUGUCAGCGGCAUACGUGUUUAUGCUCUUGAACCUCCUCUUGGUUCCUGCCAUUCUCAUGGACAUGGUGCUGAUGUCCCGGCUCGUGGAAGAACCAGUCCAGCUGCGGGAAAGCAUAAACUUCGACUACACCGAGGCUCGUCCGAGUGCACGAGUUCCUCUCUUCCCUCAGGUUGUAACGGACAAGAGCGUCAGCAGCUUGAAAGCCUGGGCAAUCCCGAAGACGCACAGCUUCCACAUCACGGCAACCUUGCAGCUACCCGAAUCCGACCACAACAUACGCCUCGGGAUGUUCCAGGUGACGGCUGAGAUCCUGGCAGUGAACGGCGUGGUGCUGUCUCGGUUCACUCAUCCCUGCAUGCUCCGCUACCGAAGUCGUCCGAUCCGGUACGCAAAGACAGCUAUGCUGGCGGUGCCACUUAUCCUAGGACUGGAGGUGGAGUCGCAGACUCUCGUCCUAAAGCUGGUGGAAGCGUACGAAGAGCGAUCGAGCAGCAGCUACCCGGGCAGUGCCAAGAUAUUGCUGGAACCGAGGGCCGGAUUCGGUCCUGGAGCCGGGCUGCCGGAGAUCUACAACGCGGAGGUGCUCGUCCAGUCGCAGCUUCCGUGGCUCAAGUCGGUCCUGUACAAGUGGAAGUGGACGUGCUACGUGUGGGGGGCGGUGCUCAUCUUCGUGCUGGAGGUGGCAGCCAUGGUGUGCUGCUGCCGGAACGUCUUGCUGGUAUCACCGUCGGGAGCUUCUCCAGAGAAAUCACCAGCGGAAGAACAGGCGGUGAGGCGGCCAGCGAGGAGGAAGAGGGUGUCUUUCAAGGACGAUUUGCCGCGGGCGAGGGCCGCCGCCGCUGGAAUCGGGACCCGGCCCAGCGACAUUGAUAAGUUUGUGGAGAAGGAGCUCGAGGCCUUGUCCGGGACCAAAGAGAAGCUUUCGUCCGUGCAGGAGGGAGGAGGAGGGGCCUCGAGUCAGUAGUAAGUAAGUUUGCUUCUCAAUAAACAAGAGCUAUCCAAGAGCUAUCGCUUCAAACAAGUAUACGUGGAUCAUGAUCUCACGACUUCUUUCAAAAGAAAAGUGAAAGUGAUGCUUUCAGCUUGUUCA